AUCGAUCAAAUAAUAGCGGUCGCGUGCCUAUUAUAUUUUUUGAAGAUACUGUGGACCGCCAGUCACCGUAUUCAAUUAUUGAUGAAAAGUUCUGCUCAGUAAUUUCUUAUUUAUUACUCGCUCUAAAUGUCUCCAUGUUUUUAAACAUGAUAGUAAACUCAACUCCAAUUUAAACCAAGUUCUUUACCAAUAAUCAGUCGUUUUAAAUCUCCGUAGAGCCGAUCGAUACGGAAUCAAUUACUUAAAAAUUAAUUUUGUGUGUACGGUGACCAUUGAGUGAUUAAAAAUAAAGUAAUUACUUAAAAAAAAAAAAAUGUCAAUCGCAGAUCAAUCAGAUUCACAUGGCAGUAGACAGAGUCCAGGAUUAUCUGUGAAACCUAAAGAAAAACCAGAAUUCAAACUCUGUUUUCCAAAACAACAGAUGAUAGGACGAUCAGACUCGAGAUAUUCAAGAGUAGACGGAGAUUUUAUUACACCUAAAUUUUACUCACGUCAAAUUUAUCAAGACAUAACUAUUGAUGGUGUAAUUGAUAAAGUAAAUGCAAGAAUUGAACAAGAGCGCAAAGGACCAAGAGAUCUUUACCGCUAUCCCAUUUUAUCUAGUCAAAGCUAUGGAUGGUGGUACGAUAAAAGUUCGGCUUCAAAAGAUCCACGAUUUAAUUUCCAUAAAAAAACUUCAGAUCACGUCCUCACUAAUGCAAUAAUUCAAUGGGAGGAUCGCAAAUUACGCGGUCUCUGUUAA